AUGGCCUCCUCCUCCACCGUCACACAGCCCAACACAACGCUCUACCUAAACAACCUCAACGACCAGAUCCAGAAGGAAGAGCUGCGUGGCCAGCUCUUCGCGCUAUUCACCACAUACGGCAAGGUCAUCGAUGUCGUCGCAACCAAGACGCAAAAGAUGAGGGGUCAGGCCUUCCUCGUCUUCACCGACCUCGCAGCGGCCACAUCUGCCCUCCGCGCGACGGACGGCAUGCUAUUCUACGACAAGCCCCUCCGCGUUCAAUACGCAAAAACAAAGUCGUAUGCGACCAUGCGUCGCGAAGACCCCAACUUCGUUCCUCCCACCGCAGCCCACGGCCGUCCCCUCACAGACUCACAAGUCAAACCCAUCGGUGGCGCCGGCUCGUCCGUCCAAAAGCGGACCCGCGAAGACGAGGACAUGGAGGACGGACGCGCACAGAAGCAGAAGAAAGCGGCGGCAGCGGAGGAGGAAAGCGAUGAUGAGGAGAUGGAGAUAGACGACGACGAAGAUGGUCCGCCGGCGCAACAAGGAGGAGAGCAGGCGGCGACUGGGGCGGCUACGACUAUCCCGCAAACGGCAGGACGAUCCUCAGCGCGGUUACUGUGUACGAACCUUCCCGGCGAAGUCACGGAUAGCGUGUUGUCCGUGCUAUUCCAACAAUACCAAGGAUUCCAGUCCACGCAGGUCGCCCCAGCACCGACAGCGACAGCAAACGCCGCGGGCCAAAAGGGCAAGAUGGCCCAGGUCGUGUUCGAUACACCCGAGCUCGCCUCCGUCGCAAAAGAGGCUCUGGACGGGUUUACGCUGAAAAAGGGCUGGAAGAUGACUGUUGCGUUCGUUUGAUCAUCCUCGUUGUGUAUCGUAUCGGAUCUUCUGCUUCUAUCUUUGAGUUUGACGUCUCUGCGACGGGAGCACGGUUUGGUUUAGCUUUCGCUCUAACGGCGUGUCUGUGCUCUUGAUAACCAUAACCCGGGCUCGUGGACUUCCCUAAGCCACUCUCUUCACACUCGCGUAGAGCAAGGCUGGCGAUCGUACCAUUGUUUUUUCUGCUCUAUAGAGCUCGUACGUGGCAUUUGUUUAUGUCCUUCGUUCGUGCUGCCAUCGAACGAGGCUGAUCGG